AUGCUUGUCGAAGAGUCAACACCUUUAAAUGAUCGAGAAUACUCAACAGAUGAGGGAGUCGUUAAGGAUCCCCUUUACAAGGAAAUUGUAGAACAUGGAGACGAAGAGUAUAAACCAACCAAAGAGCCUGAAGAGCCCGAAGAAGGCCUAUAUGAAGAGAAGGAAGAUGAAUUUAAGGGAGGUCCUUCCUUGACUGAAGGCGAUGUUUCCGACGAUGCUGAUAUCGAUUCGUCAAGACAACUAGUAGCGAUGUCCAAUCGAAAAGACAAAGCGCUGAAAAAGCUUCAGAGUUACAUGAAGAAAUCACCGGAGAUCCCCUAG